UUAUUACUAAAGCGCCCUAGUCGGCGACUGCUCAUACAGAGUGAACCUGCGCUACUGAACUGAAGUCGAGAGUCAGAAAUAGAGGACGAGACUUUAACCUGUGUCGACUGUCAAUCACGGUAGCUGCAAGGUGCACACCUUCCCCUUGGGAUGAAGCUGGGCUACUGGGGCGUGGCCGCGGUGCUGGCGUGGCUGUGUCUUGUGCUUGUAUGUGAGACUAAACCCCUCAACCAUCUUAACUGGCUGAAAAUAUCUUCCCACCGGAAGAAACGACAAGUUUCCUAUCCAACACCAGCGACUACAUCUGCCACUAUAACACCUUAUCCACCGACUGAGAGUGCACAGCAGGCCUCCACCACCUAUAAUCCUUGGCUGAACGGGACAACUGGUGCCAGUACCGUCACGCCAUGGUAUAACAGGACCACAUCCCCGUACACAUCAUAUCCAACGACAACGACUGGUGCUGCAUUCUUGAAUUCUUCAUCAAGUCCUAAUGCUGACUGUUCCCAAAAUCUCACUGGUACAUAUGGAAGUUUUAGCAGCCCUGGAGCGGGGUCUUCGUACUCUCCCAAUCUUGACUGCCUCUACACCAUUCCUUCACCACCAGCAGGGAGCCAGAUUGACAUAACAUUCCAGCUAUUCCACUUGGAAGAACAUUCUUCUUGCGGCUAUGACUUUGUUAGCUUCUCUUACAACAGUCAGAAGAUCUGCGGUCAGAAGUCCACACCUGUGUCAUACUCCUUUGUGUCACAGGAGAGGGACUUCAAGAUACACUUCCACACUGACGGUUCAGCUGAAUACCGUGGCUUUGUUGCAACAUUUCUUAUUCAAGAAAGGCUGGCCUGGACUACGAGUGUUAGUACUGCCACUCCAUGGUAUUACAGGACCACGUCCCCGUACACCUCCUAUCCACCGACCGGGAGUGCACAGCAGCCCUCCACCACCUAUAAUCCUUGGCUGAACUGGACAACUGGUGCUAGUACCGUCACUCCAUGGUAUAACAGGACCACAUCCCCGUACACAUCAUAUGCAACGACAACGACUGGUAAUGCAUUCUUGAAUUCUUCAUCAAGUCCUAAUCCUGACUGUUCCCAAAAUCUCACUGGUACAUAUGGAAGUUUUAGCAGCCCUGGAGCGGGGUCUUCGUACUCUCCCAAUCUUGACUGCCUCUACACCAUUCCUUCACCACCAGCAGGGAGCCAGAUUGACAUAACAUUCCAGCUAUUCCACUUGGAAGAACAUUCUUCUUGCGGCUAUGACUUUGUUAGCUUCUCUUACAACAGUCAGAAGAUCUGCGGUCAGAAGUCCACACCUGUGUCAUACUCCUUUGUGUCACAGGAGAGGGACUUCCAGAUACACUUCCACACUGACGGUUCAGUUCAGUAUUCUGGUUUUAUUGCAACAUUUAGGAUUCGAGAAAACAGCUGUUACCACGUCCUGACAGACACCGAAGGACAGGUCCAGGUUCCUGGCAAUGCCAGCGCCAACUACUCUCCUAACCUCGACUGCCUGUUCACCAUCAGGCCUCCAGCAGGUGGCCCAUGGGUUGUUAACAUCACUCUGGAAGAGUUUGACGUUCAGAGAUAUUAUUCCUACUCGAGUAACUAUUUCUCCAACUCCUGCCGCUAUGACUACAUGCAGAUCCUCUACGACGGCUACUCCUCUUCCAGGAUGUGUGGAACGAGGACUUCGCCAAUAUCUUACAAAUACAACAUCUUUGAAAGCGACCUGAACAUCACCUUUCACAGUGACAGCUCUACUGAGAGGAGUGGAUUUAACUUCACCUACACUUACAGCAACAACACCUGUGUGACGGACCUCGACCCAAAUAACGGUACAAUCCGCAGCCCGGUGACUGAAGGUGAACUGACCUACCCACCAGACACCUUGUGUAUUUAUUACCUCGACCUGGGAGAUUCCCUCAAGACCGUUACUUUCACAGUCAGGGUGUUUGAUGUACCUUGUGGGGAUUACUUCAGCAUUAACGGACAGAGUUUCUGUGGAAACAGGUUGACACAGACGUCAUUUCCUUUGACUGGGAGGAUCAAUAUUACCUUCCUGUCAGAUAGUAUUGGAGCUGGCCGAGGGGUGGACGUCGACUACCAUGUAACUGACUACACAUGUGACCAGGUAUAUCGUACAACAUCGGGGAGCAUCGAUUCUUACUCUGUGUCAAGACUUGCUCUAACACAUGACGUGGACUGUGACUACGUCGUUCGUCCGCCCUACUACCCCUUUGUGAUAACAAUGUUCUUCAGUCCAUUCUAUAUGCCGCAUAACUACAUGAACAGCAGCGUUACGUGUUCUGGCAGCUAUGUGGAGAUCAAUGACACCCAGUACUGCGGGACUGUUUACGGCCAAUACAACAUCACAUCAGUGGGGCCUGAGCUGUCAGUGAGGUAUCAUCACUCAGCUACAGCGGUCGCAGGGACGAGGGAAGUCUAUCAUAUCUAUUACAGCACCAGACCCGUUUCAUGCAAUGUUACGCUGACCGACACUGUGGGCUACAUCAACAGCUACACUGGUUAUGGCUCUGCGCCAGUGUACAGUCGUUCCUACAAUGACAGUGCUCACUGCAUCUUCACAAUAAAGGGGGACAACGCUGAGGGUCAAACAAUUGUCUUUAGACUGAAUCAGUUCCAACUGGAGGACCGUGACAACAGCACGUCUCUCUGUAAAGACUACGUGGAUAUGAAUGGUGAAGAGAGACUAUGUGGAUACCAGUAUGGGAACCGGAGCUUCAGCUUUGAUGGCACAUUUGUCGUGACCUUCACCAGUGACAAUAGUCAGACAAACAUGGGCUUCAACAUCCAUUACAACAUUGUUCCAGAUGGUUGCCUUGUGUCCAUCUUCUCGACUGAAGGCACUCUUCGCAGCCCUGUGACAAGCAAUGGUCUCUAUCACAACAACCUUGACUGCCGAUAUACAUUAUCAAGCCCAUACAGCAUGGCGAAGAUCACAGUCACUGUCAACAGAUUUGACCUAGAACCCCCAUCGUACAGUUCCACAAACUGUUACAACGAUUAUGUAUACUAUACAGACGGUUCCUACAGUUCCGGGAGAUAUUGUGGUUUUGUCGCUGCAGGAACCACGUUUAUCUGGUACACGAGUGCAAGACAGUUUGACCUCGUAUUCCAUUCCAACAACGAGGUCAGUAGGCCGGGAUUCGACGUGUCUUACACGAUUGAAGAAGAUCGUUGUGACCAGGUGCUUUCUGCCACCAGUGGAACAAUAAGAAGUCCCGUCAACAGUACAGGUCUCUACAGAAGUAAUCUGAACUGCACCUAUAUCAUCAGACCUCCAACACAGGGUCCAUACAGGUUCAAUCUCACGUUCUCUCAGUUUGACGUUCAGAGGACAUACUACAAUUCCUCAUCCUACAGUUUGAGUACAUCAUGUUACUACGACUACGUGGAGACCAGGUUCUCGGGGCUCAACAGCACCAGCAGAUUGUGUGGCAGGAUGAGUUCAGCAAGGACGUACUUCUAUAACACAUUUGGUGGCGACUUUGCAAUUCACUUCGUCACUGACAGAUCUAUAGUGAGACGUGGAUUUGUGUUGGAGUAUUCAUUUGAAGAAAACAGCUGUUACCACGUCGCCACAGACACCGAAGGACAGAUCCAGGUUCCUGGCAAUGGCAUCGCCAACUACUCUCCUAACCUCGACUGCCUGUUCACCAUCAGGCCUCCAGCAGGGCCCAUGGGUUGUUAACAUCACACUGGAGGAGUUCGACAUUCAGAGAUAUUAUUCCUACUCGAGUAACUAUUUCUCCACUUCCUGCAGCAAUGACUACAUGCAGAUCCUCUACGACGGCUACUCCUCUGCCAGGAUGUGUGGAACGAGGACUUCGCCCAUAUCUUACAAAUACAACAUCUUUGAAAGCGACCUGAACAUCACCUUCCACAGUGACAGCUCUACUGAGAGGAGUGGAUUUAACAUCACCUACACUUACAGUAACA